CGUCGUUGAUGAAUUCGACUCUUCAUGGAUCAUUCCGAGUUGGUCUACUGAUAGAUUGGAUUAUUCUUUUCCCUUAAAAAUUUUGGUUAUUUUACUGUUUCAUGAUGGGAGACGGAGGACAAAGGCACAUAUGGGUGGCUCUGUGUUUUUAUCUGCUGAUUUGCGUCGGAAAGAAGGUUUCAGCACAGUUACGGUACUCAAUUCCAGAAGAGGUAAAAGAGGGAUCAAUUGUAGGAAAUGUUGCAAAGGAUUUGGGUCUUGAUGUCAGUACUUUGGUUGACAGGCGGUUCCGUAUCGUUUCUGAAUCCAUAGACGCUCUUUUCCAGAUAAAUCUGAACAAUGGGGUCUUGUAUGUUCGUAAGAAUAUCGACAGAGAGGAGCUAUGUGGUAGUAACAGCGCAUGCUUGUUGGACAUAAAAUGUAUUGCUGAAACUCCACUAGAGGUCCACUACGUAUCUGUGGAAAUAAUAGAUGUAAAUGAUCACUUUCCUAGUUUCCCUGAAAAAGAUCUGUAUCUUGAAAUUGCGGAGAACACACUCCCAGGGACGCGAUUCGAACUUCAGACAGCGCGAGAUCCAGACGUCGGAAUUAACUCUGUUCGUAUCUAUAAAUUAUUUCACAAUGCUCAUUUCGAAUUGGAAGUGAAAGAUAGCGGCGAAGGGGACAAAAUACCAUUUUUAAUUUUACAGAAGCCACUUGACAGAGAGAAAAAUAUAAAACAUAGUUUACUGAUGACAGCACUGGAUGGAGGGAAUCCCGCGAGAUCCGGCUCGUUGAAUGUUACUAUAACAGUUCUUGACGUAAACGAUAACCGUCCUGUUUGCAACCAAGAUGUAUAUUCAGUAACAUUGUUAGAAAAUGCUGAAAAUGGAACAAUAGUCCUUAGAGUUAAUGCGACAGAUGCAGACGAUGGGCCAAAUGGAGAGGUUGAGUAUUCCUUGGGUAGAACAAAUAAACGCAAAAUACAUGAUACAUUUGAACUGGAUCAACUUACUGGUGAAAUUCGAGUUAAAGGACCCGUUGAUUAUGAGGACACUGAUGUUUACAGGUUAAAUGUACAGGCUUCUGAUAAAGGACAACCUCAUACAAGUGUUGAUUGUAGAGUUAUUAUAAAGAUAGCAGAUGUAAAUGAUAAUAAACCAGAGAUUGAUGUGACAUCCCUCUCUAACACAGUAUCUGAAGAUUCAAAACCCGGAACGGUCAUAUCAUUAAUUAGUGUAAAAGAUAAAGACUCCGGUGUAAAUGGUAAAGUAAUUUCUACUAUAUCAGAUAAUGUCCCGUUUGAGUUGAAACCGUCAUAUAAGGAAAACGUUUAUUCAAUCGUCACAAAGGGAUUCUUAGACAGAGAACUAGUGCCCCAUUAUGAAAUCAAAAUAACAGCAACUGACUGUGGUCAGCCUCCUCUGUCCGCAUUCAAAACUCUUACCGUCCAGAUAUCAGAUGUGAAUGAUAACAGUCCAGAAUUUUCCCAAAACCCUAUUGAGCUUUACUUAGUUGAAAACAACACUCCUGGUGUGUUUAUUUUCUCUGUAAGCGCCACUGAUAAAGACUCUAAUGAAAAUGCUGCGAUUUCAUACCACAUAGUAAGAGAAGCAACACAGAAUGACAUGGCAUCUUUUCUGAAUAUCAAUUCUGACAAUGGACAUAUUUCUGCACUAAAAAGCUUUGACUUUGAAUCUCUGAAAACAUUCCAGUUCCAAGUUGUAGCUACAGACUCUGGAACUCCGUCUCUAAGCAGCAAUGUCACAGUUAACGUGUUCAUUCUGGAUCAGAACGACAACGCUCCAGUGAUCUUGUAUCCAAUCAGUACUAACGGUUCCGCUGAAGGUGUGGAGGAGAUUCCCCGUAAUGUGAACGCAGGCCAUCUGGUGACUAAAGUUAGAGCCUAUGACGCUGAUAUUGGAUAUAACGGGUGGUUAUUAUUUUCAAUUCAGGAUGUUACUGACCACAGUCUCUUUGCUUUGGACCGCUAUACAGGACAGAUAAGGACACUUCGGCCUUUAACAGAGACAGACGAGGCUGAGCAUAAACUGGUCAUACUGGUAAAAGACAAUGGGAACGUUUCACUCUCAGCAACAGCUACUGUGAUUAUCAACGCUGUGGAGCCCAAAGAGGCGUUUGCAGCAUCUGAUGUUAAAAGCGCAGUAAAAGACGAGGAGGAAAACAGUGUUACAUUAUAUUUGAUCAUUACUUUGGGGUCAGUUUCAGCGCUGUUUCUCAUCAGUAUCAUCGUGUUGAUUGUAAUGCAGUGCUCUAAAGACCCAGACUAUUCCUCCAAGUCUUUACAAGAUGUGAAUUACGACGGGACACUGUGCCACAGCAUCCAAUACAGAUCCGGAGACAAGCGGUACAUGUUAGUUGGACCCAGAAUGAGUAUAGGUUCUACUAUAGUCCCGGGUAGCAAUGGGAAUACUUUAGUGUUACCCGACCACAGGAGGGGAGAAUCAGGAGAGACGCCCAUUUAUAUAUAA